AUGCAGGAACAGCCGCUGACAAAGAGGCUAGAUUACGUGUUCGGCAAGAUGCAGCGCUAUCACACCCAAUCAGACGACGGCACCGAAUACGAGCCCGUCUCAUCCACCACGAACGAGCCUUGUUCCGACGACGCUGACAACUCCAGCCGAGGGGACGACUUGACUGAAGACCAGGGCCACCUGCCAUAUAGCCACGAGUUCACUGGUACCAGUGUGGACCCGAAGCUCGCUACACUUCUCAACGGACCACAGUGGCAGAAGCCAAAUCCGUACACACGUCGCACAGCUAGAGUAAACUACAGCCUUAAGAAGGAGCCCUCGCCAUCUGCCCAGAAACGGCCUCCACAAAAACCAAAGUACCUUGCGGCAGAGGACAAUCGAGCUCCGCCCCCCGCACCUGACCCUGAUACUUUAGCACGCUGGAACAACAGCCGGGAAGAGGAACUGAGACCCCACUCCUUUAUCAAUACUUUCGUUAGCACCAAAGACGAGGUAAAUCGCUGGAUCUACGAGGGUGCGCCAAAGACACGCUCCAUUAGCGAGGACUUUCUGGAGGGAUUUCACGACUCUUCACACAUCUUUCGCGAUAUGCGGGUCACCGACUAUGCGCCGCCCAGCGGUCCCAGCAACAUCGUGCAGGAGUACCUCUCUCCCGAAGAUCCUUGGGUCGCCAACUACCAGGAUUUCAAGGUGCUCACUGAUGCCGAGAAAAGAGAAGUAAUUGCUCGAGAAGCCGAGGAACAUGGCCUUGAAAGACCGAAGGGCUGGAACGUGUCCUUCCACUACAACCCACACGUCGAGUACCAUCACUUUGGCAGCUCACAUCCAAUGAAGCCAUGGCGUUUGACGCUGACGAAACAACUCGUUCUUGCGUAUGGUCUAGAGUAUACUAUGGACUUAUUCGAACCGAAACCAGCGAGCAAGGAUGAUCUUGGUAUAUUCCAUGACCGCGAAUAUCUAGACUAUCUCAGCAUGAUCACACCUCAAAACGCGCAGCCUGAAGAUCCACAGUACAUAACAUAUGGCUUCGGUGGUGAAUCAAACGACUGUCCGGUGUUCGACGGACUUUGGAACUACGUAUCCCUCUAUACUGGAGCUACGAUGAGUGCUGCAUACAACCUGAUCAACAACCAAUCCAACAUCGCCAUAAAUUGGUCCGGAGGUUUACAUCAUGCGAAAAAGAAUCUCGCUUCUGGGUUUUGCUACGUCAACGACAUCGUCAUAGCGAUACAAACGCUCCUCUCGCGGAAUCAGCGAGUCCUGUACAUUGACAUUGACGUUCAUCACGGCGACGGUGUCGAGCAAGCGUUUGAGUCUACAGAUCGUGUCUUCACACUCUCAUACCACAAAUACGGCAUUGACAAACACGGCUACCCAUUCUUCCCCGGUACAGGAAACAUCGACGAGACAGGUCCCGUAGACCCCAGAAACCCCGGCAAAGCUCACAGUUUGAAUAUACCCAUUGAUGAUGGCAUCGACGAUGACCAGUACAAAUGGCUGUUCAAGACAGUCACAGGCGCCGUAAUCGACAAGUAUAAUCCGCAAGCCAUUGUUCUCCAAUCCGGAGCCGACUCUCUUGGUGGCGACCGCCUCGGUCGUUUCAAUCUCAACAUCAAAGCGCACGGCUACUGUGUCGAAACCGUAAAAGCCUACGGUCGCCCUCUACUCAUCAUCGGCGGUGGGGGCUAUACACCUCGCAAUGUCGCACGAACAUGGUGCCACGAAACUUCCGUUUGUGUAGGCGCGACACUCCACAACGAGCUACCUGCCCAUGUUCCCUACCUCCAAGCCUUCAAAGGAGCUGAGAACGGCGAUGGUGUUCUAUACCCUGAUCUGCACAACACAAAGCGACACGACAAUCUGAACUCGCAGGCUAAGCUGCACAAGCUAGUCGAGCAAGCGCUCGAAAAUUUGAGAUACUUGGAGGGCGCACCUAGUGUGGUGGUGGAUACUAAAGGCAUACCCUUGGAAGAGCUCAUGCGUGUCAGAGAAGCGAUCGAUCGGGAGAUGGAGGAAGAGGCAGAGGAGAAGGCGCGUCUCUCCGUCGAGAACAGUAGACGCAAGAAGGAGAAGAAUAUCGGAGGCCGCGGUGAGCGGAGGUAG